CCUUUCCAACAUUUCAAACACCCUCCCUUCGCUUGAUCUCUUCCUUUCUUCCUUUCUCCCUUUCCCCUUCCCAGGAAUUAGCUUUUUCCUUGAUUUGUUUUUCUUCUGGGAAUUCCUUGGGAAUCACACAAUGGAAGGGAAAAGGAGCUCUGAACUCCCCCCCGGAUUUAGAUUCCACCCCACUGAUGAGGAAUUGAUCAUGUACUAUCUCCGCAACCAAGCAACGUCCAGGCCGUGCCCUGUUUCCAUUAUCCCUGAAGUGGAUAUCUACAAGUUUGAUCCAUGGGAAUUGCCUGAGAAGGCAGAGUUUGGAGAAAAUGAAUGGUACUUCUUCACUCCCCGUGAUCGGAAGUACCCGAACGGGGCGCGACCCAAUCGGGCUACCGUUUCGGGAUACUGGAAGGCUACGGGGACUGAUAAGGCUAUCCAUAGCGGGUCUAAGUAUGUUGGGGUUAAGAAAGCUCUUGUUUUUUACAAGGGGAGGCCGCCGAAGGGGGUUAAGACCGAUUGGAUCAUGCACGAGUAUCGACUAAGUGACUCGAGGGCUCGACCCAACAAGCAAAAUGGGUCUAUGAGGCUGGAUGACUGGGUCCUUUGUAGGAUCUACAAGAAGAAGCACACAGGGAAAACCAUGGAGCACAAGGAGGAAGAUUCAAAUGCCCAAAUGGCUAUGGUGAAUGCCCAUGACAUCAGUGAGCAGCAAGUGUUGAAAUUUCCAAGGACUUGUUCACUUGCUCAUCUGUUGGAAAUGGAGAACUUGGCACCCAUUUCUCAGUUCUUAACUGAUAACUCGUAUAAUAUCUCAACCUAUGAUUACCAAAACAUGAUGGGCAAUGGUGAGAUUGAGCACAGAGAGGUUGAGAAACUGCAGUUUUGUGAAAUCCCAAACCAAUACACAGAUGCAACAAAGUUCCAAGUGAAUCAGACUAGUUUCCUAAACCAGGCAAUAUUUGUGAACCCAGUGUACCAAUUUCAGUGAUCUGGUUUUGCCCUACAAGAAGCUGGGAACAGGACUGGUUAAACAUGAUUAUUGUGGACAUUAUUGGCACCAAGUUGUAUAAAAUUGUUACCUAGGAAACAUAUAUUGCAGAAAACUUGUGAAAUAAUAUGGACGAUCUCUCUUUUUACA